AUGGCGCGAGCACAGGAUAAGGAUGCUGAGAUGGUCUGCGUUACCGUCAGCCAAGUAUACUACGGACUUUCGGUUAUUUAUGGACGCAAACAACUUGUUGAUGCCUAUUUCAAUCUGGGUUAUACUGCAUUCAGUUCUAACAAUCGACGUUCAUCGGCUAUCAGCGAGGCGAACAACAUGCCUUGCUUACCGGAUUUCACUUUCUCGCGCUGUCGCAGUGACAUCUUGUCGGCUGGUUUGAUACUACGGUGA